AAUAAAGCGACGCCGUUUUGCGCUUAAAUGCGCGAGCUUAUGUGCUUGAACGUCGUCGUUUUGGUCUUCUUCUAAAUUUAUUGGAGCUCCGGUUAAAACCCUGGAGAAGAAGAAAAUCUGCUAAACCCUAAAAAUGUCAUCUUUCCUGUUCAGAAAAAGAGCAAGUAGUAGUAGAUGCUGGGGGGUUCUCUGCCGAAACCCUAAAGCUGAAUCUCAAUUUGGUUAUCUCAAUAAACCCCCAAAACCUCAGAAUGUCACAAGCUCAGUUGAAAUUCCGGGGGUUUUGGAUCCUGGGUCUUCUUCAUUUUCACCCAAAACCUCUAAAACCCUAUCUGGGUCUCUCCAGAACAUCAAAAACUCAAUUGCUUCCGGUGAAAGUUUUGGGCUUUCUUCUAAUUUGGGGGUUCCAGUUGUGAGAAGCUUAUGUGGGUUUCAUGGUGGAAUUGCAACUUGUAGCUUGGUUCGAUUUUAUGGGACUCAGGCUGCUCAGGAGCCUUCGACCGCUGAUGGGCUCACAGUUGAUCGAAUCCUUAAUAGUGAGUGGUCAAUUAUGGCAGAGGAUGAGAGUGAUUGGAAGAGUCACGCUGCUGCAAUUGCCCAAUCAGUUCAUCUUAUUAAGAAGCGUUUGCAGUGGAAGAAGUUGCUGGUGAGGUUGGAUAUGUUAUCAGUGGAGCUGAACAAGCCAGACCUUUGGAAUGAUCCUGUACAUGCCGGGAAGAUAAGUCGCGAGCAUGGUUCACUGAUGGGAAAAAUGAAAGAAGUGAAGGCAUUUGAGCAGGAAUUGCUUGAGCAUGUGGACAUGAUAAAGCUUGCUCGGGAGGAGAAUGACGUGGAGUUGGAAUCGGAAUCCAUGAAGGCUUUACUUGAGAUGAGAAGAACUUCAAAGGAGAAAGAGACCCAAGCUUUGUUAGCUGGGGAGCAGGAUCCUUGCUCAUGUUAUAUAGAGGUGCAAUCGGGAGCUGGGGGUACAGAGAGCAAUGACUGGGCAGCGAUGGUCAUGCAGAUGUAUAAAAUGUGGGCUCAACGCCGUGGAUAUAAAAUGACCGUGGUGGAUGAAAUGCCUGGUGAGAUUGCGGGAAUCAAGCGGGCAACUAUCAAAGUUGAUGGUGAAUAUGCUUUUGGAUAUGCCAAAGCAGAAGUAGGAGUGCACAGGUUGGUACGUAUCUCACCUUUUGACAGUAAUAAGCGCAGACAUACUUCAUUUGCUGCUGUCGCUGUGACUCCAAUCCUGGGAGAUGUAUCUGCUCAUGUACAAAUUAAUGAAUCUGAUCUGCGUAUCGAGCGUUUUCGUUCGGGGGGAUCUGGAGGCCAGCACGCUAAUACGACUGAUAGUGCUGUGAGGAUUGUUCACAUUCCCACUGGAAUAACUGCCACUUGUCAAAAUGAAAGAUCACAACAUCAGAAUAAGGCUUCAGCAAUGGCUGUUAUCCAAGCAAGAGUGGACCAGCUUGAAAUGGCACGCCAGACUCAGAAGAAUGCACAAUAUUCACAAUCUCUUACUGAUAUAACCUGGGGCAGCCAGAUACGCAGCUACGUGCUCCAGCCAUACCGCAUGGUGAAAGAUCUCAGAACCAAUUAUGAAGUCUCUGAUCCUGAUUCUGUCCUUGAGGGAGAUCUAGACGGUUUUAUCUUGAGUUAUUUAUCAGCUUCCUUGGAUAAAGAUGAAGAUGACCGCUAAAUGAGUUUUGUUUCGAGAUUUGGAAAUAAACCCUGCAUAUCUUUAGCAAAGCUGAAUAUUUGCUGCAUGCCAAUGCGUCAAAAUUGUGAUAGAUUUCAGUCAUUUGACAGCAGAACAAUCAGCGGAAGGAUAACCCUUCAAAGCCAACAGGAGUACGCUAUGUGCCAUUUGUAUAUUCAGUGAAAAGAUAGAAUGUCUAAGUACUUGAUAUGAUUCUUUGAUAUCAGAGAAGUUUUGGUGACAA